GUUGGGGAAUUUGUCAGUUUUCCUAAAGUGCAAAGAGUUAACGCCUGUUAGUUUUUGUUGGGUGUUUCUCUCGCCAUAUUACGCUUUUACAACGUUUUAUCGAACCCGUUUUCUAAUUAAACGAGAAUUUUUCAUCGCCGGAUAUGUAAAUAUAACCGAUUAUAUCAUCGUUUUGAUAACAAGAUGCCACUUCCAAAAAGGGUGGUAAUGCCCGUGCAUGUCGCGCGAGGCACCUUACCGGAAGAUUACCCACUACCUUCAGAACUUGAAGGAGUUACAAACGGUACUUUGGCCAACACCGUACGGCAAUUAUCGUCUUUAUCACGACACGCCGAAGAUUUAUUUGGAGAAUUAGCAAGGGAUGCUCAAGAAAUUUACGACCGAUCGAACUCCCUUCAAGCGAGAAUCGAUAGGUUGGCUAUUAAAGUGACUCAGUUGGAUAGUACGGGUGAGGAAGUCUCCUUGCAAGAUAUCCACAUGAGAAAGGCCUUUAAAAGUGCCGUUAUAUUCGAUCAACACAUUUUUUCAAGAUCAACCAUGCCAACGGCUCUUCUAGAGAUGUAUAAAACAUGCGAUAGACCACCACCUCUUGAUAAAUUAAAUUGUUACCGUGAAGAUGGUAAAGAUGGUUUAAAAUUUUAUACGGAUCCGAAUUAUUUCUUCGAGUUAUGGAGAGACGAAGUACUCAAAGACACCGAGAGGGUGAUGCACGAUCGGGGUAAAAAGCCGCAUCGACCUCGACCGGAAAGUGGUCAAGGUGGGGGAAGGCAUAAAAAGAGGGUGAGACAACCGGUUAACACGAAAGAGCGUCAACGUGAGAGGGCUAUCGGUCAUGGAGAGUAUAUUAUGCCUUCAACUGUUCCAUAUGGGCAAUUUCCUGUGCAAGAUUAUGGUAAUAAAGUGGAGCAAAACCAGCAAUGGGAGCAACAAAAGCCUUCAAGACCGAUUUCGAUUGAUGUUCAAAAGACUUAUCUUCAACCAGAGGUUCCAGAUGGUCCUGUUUAUCCCCCGCAAUAUGUGGAAACAACGAAUCCAUAUCAAGCUGGGUUAUAUAACUCUGGUCCUCCAGAUAGUCCAGGUCCUAUGGGGACUCCAACAAAAGUUAAUAAGAUCAGACCGAGUCAACCACCUCCUGCUCCACCAAGCAACCCACAAACACCAUCCGCAAAUACUCCAACAAGAAGUCGGAGUAUGUCAAGUAAAGAUUUACCACCACCCCCACCGCCUCCCGAAGCAACGAUUUCUCCACCAAACGGUUUACCCCCUCACAUUGCUCGCCAAUCGAGUCAAUCACGAUCGAAUAGUCCUCAUUCCCACCAAGGAACCCCUGAGCCUGAUUUACCACCUCCACCUCCCGUACCUAAACAAGCAUCUCCUCCAAAACAAGCGACUCCAGUUGUACAAGCACCUCCGCCGCCUCCACCGCCCCCAAUGCCGUUAUUAAACGGACCCGGUACAAUGAGUCCCCCCACACAAUUUAGUAACGGAGAUAUAGUUCAAAUGAUUACUUCAACUCCAAAAUUAACUCCAGUUAAAGAUAGGCAAAUUUCGAAGCAAGGUCCUCCCGUGGUUGAUACGCGAAAUGAUUUGUUGAAGGCGAUUAGGCAAGGAAUACAAUUGAGGAAGGUUGAAAAAACGGAACAGAAAGAGGUUGAGCAUAAAAAUGGGUUGCAUGAUGUUGCUAGUAUUUUAGCGAGGAGGGUUGCGGUUGAGUUGAGUCCUUCUGAGUCGGAUUCUGACUCAGAUAUUGAUAGUGAUGGGUGGGAUGAGAAUGAAACGUCUGCGUGACACCGUAGAAAGGCUAGCACUGCUAGCCAAGUUUAUUGAUGAUGAUGAUGAUAAAACGCACAACGAAAUAAUUUAAAUUAAUGCGAUGUUGGUAAAGAAAAAAUAUUAAUGUUUAUUAAAGAAGCUGAUUGGAUUUUUUUUUCUUUUUGGGGGGGAGUGAACGAUGUUAAUGUAUUUAGUCAAUUUAUUUAAACUCAGAAAUAAAAUCAGUCAGUGUUAAGUAUCAAAAUUUAAGCUUCCAAAUAUAUUAAACACGGAAUUGAAAAUAAUAAACAAAACAUUUUAAGAAUAAAUAAUGAUAGCUUUGUAUGUUUAAUUCUUUUUGCAAUAACAAUUUAUUUCCGUUAUGAAUCAUGUAUUGGAUUUAAAAGAGAUAAGGUGCUUAAUUUUAAGCCAUUUCCAUUUUAAUACUAAUUAUAAUGAAAGAAAAAAUACUAUAAUCGAAACUGCAGUAUUAUGAGAUGAAUAUAUUACGAAAUAUAAUAAAUUUAUAAGUACUAUAGAAAAAUAAAGCCGUAAAAUACUCCCUAUUUUUAUUAAGAAAUAUUACCAGACAGUUUCUUUUUGAUGUAUGUAUAUUUUAUGUGUAUGUAUGUAAAUAAUUGUGAAAUUUGUUCUAUGUGCGCUUUUACUGUUAAUUUAAAAGAAAAAAAUCUGAAAAGAUUGUUUAUAAAUGAACAUAUUAGUAUAAUUAUAAAUAUAUAUCAAUAUUUUUUAUUGUAACCUGCCUAAACAUGAUUACAAGUUAUAUGUACUCUACAAAAUGAAUAAAAAGUAGUUAAAAAAA